UACAUUUGAAGCGCGGACGAUUUUAUAAUUUGUCACAGAGGCAAAGAAGAGUGCCCACAACUUUCAGUACUGCAGUGUUCCUUUCGCUGGCAGGAAGAAAAGUCGAGCAUACCUGAGGAGUGAUGUUACACGCCAAGUUAAAAUAUGUUCUAUCUGAGUAAAAAUAACUUUAUUAACGAAUAACUUUUUACGUGACUGGUCGAGUUAAGCAGUUGACGGUGUUACUUUAAAGGUUCCGAAAUUAAUAACAAUGUUUUGUGAUUUAAUUUUGUGAUAAGUCUCCAAAGUGCAGUGGUAAGUAGCUUUGCGACAACGUCAUGAAGAUUCACAGAAAACUUCGCAAAGGUUGGAUCCUCUGCUGUGUGUUUUGCCUGUUUCCGCUGACGUCACUUAAAGAGUGUGGUAUCAGUAAAAGUGCGAGCAGAAGACAGCCUAGAAAUGUUAUUACUUGGACAGGAAGAAUCAUCAGCGGCCAGGAAAGUCCGAAAGGUGCGUGGCCUUGGCAGGUGUCUCUGGAGCUUCUGCAUCCUAGACAUGGCUACAUCGGACAUUGGUGCGGCGGCGUUCUGAUAUAUUCGCAGUGGGUCCUGACUGCAGCUCAUUGCAUUCACAAUGACGUAUUCAGUUUACCAUUAGCUGCAUUGUGGACAGCUGUAUUUGGAGAGUGGGACAGAGAUGUCAAUGAAGAAACAGAAGUUAGAGUACCCAUCGAGAAGAUAUUCGUACAUGAACGUUUCAACAACUAUCAGAACGAUAUCGCCCUGUUGAAGCUGUCGCGGAAGAUCGGGCCCGAGGAAGAGGCUGCGGGCACAGUCUGCCUGCCGGAAGCAGGGGCAGUCUUCUCGACGUCGCUGCGGUGCAUGGUCACAGGCUGGGGGCACGCCGCGGUCCAGGGCUCGCUCGUCGCGCGCCUGCUGGAGUCCCAGAUCCCGCUGCGCGACAACUCCGCGUGCCAGGCCAAGUACGGCAAGUGGGUGGCCAUCCGAGCAGGACACCUCUGCGCCGGCCACACGGACGGCUCGACAGGCACCUGUGUGGGCGACUCGGGAGGACCUCUGCAGUGCAAACAACAUGGAAGAUGGUUUCUGGCAGGAAUAACAUCGUUUGGCUCUGGAUGCGCUAAACCAGGAUAUCCGGAUGUUUACACCCGCCUGUCCUUUUACCUGCCAUGGAUCAUGAAAAAAAUUAACUCAACAUCAUCGUCACACUAAGUGAAAUUAGCAUGUAAAAUUUAUAUUGUAUAAAUUUGAGCAACAAACAAUAUAUUGAUCUCAAGAGAUGAUUUGCCAUAAAAAAAAAACGUAUUUUUGAAAGG